AUGAUCGCCCUGCUCUCGCGCUUCACCCGCUAUGAGCUCGCGACUAUCUUUGUUGCGCAAUGCCCCUCCAUCGCGAUCUUCUUCCUGGGAACUGCAGAGGAGAUCUUUGACUUCGCUGGCGAGCACCCCGAGCUCCUAACCAGGCAGUUCGAGUGGCCGGGGGUGUACGCCUCCUUCAUCGAAUACACAAACUCGCCUCAAGACCUAGGGGCAUAUGCUGGGCAGACCGUUGGACUGCCGAUCAGCGAUCAGGGGCUGCAGCUACCCUUCGGCGAGCGACAAGUACAGCAUCGACUGUACUGUGGCGAGGAAGGGGACACUGUCGAGGAGACUGACUCUCUCACGCUCUCUCCUACUCCUUCACCGCGGUCCCCAGCCGUCACCUUUGCGAUGACAGUGUUCGGUCGAGACGGCGUCUUGGGUGGCUCGACGCGAGAGUGGAUGACGAAGCUUGCCAAGAACCUGACCGGCAAGGACAUAUCGUCGCUCGAUGGGGACAUGGAGAUGAUGUGGCUGGCAAUUGACGAGAACGUUGUCGCUGCGGUCAUCGACACGAUGCAUCUGCACUACCCCAAGUUCGAGCUCAUUCGGGAGGAGCGGUGCCAGGGCCGUCGCAUCACGCGAUGCUUGAACACCAAUGUUCCUCCUUGCGCCGCGGUCGCCCGCCCUCGCAAGAGAAAGGCUGACGAUCGGUUCCGUUAG